UGACCUCGCAUGACCCAAAAUGGCAGCAUCCAUAUGAAAUAUCUAAACCUUACGUGGCACAACCGAAAUUCUUUACGUAUUUCGCGACCUCACGGCGGAUUAUCUUCUACAAAACCAUCACAACACAUUAGUGCAAGACUCCAACACGUGAACAUAUUGCAACUGUGUGAUGUUCAGCAUGCGAAACGCAUCUUAAUGAUGCCGACAGUACUCGGCCAUCUUCAGUUCGUCUCACAUUGAAUGCUACCAUAUAUUAUAAGGAGGUGUAAUAAUCCACGAUGAAAGUGACAAGAACUGUACUGAUAGUGUGCCUGUUAACUACCUUGCACAUCCACAUUCAGUUAACUGAAGCUCAGGGUGCACGAUCACAAGCUCAGUCAAAACAAACUGGUACGGGAGGAAACAGAGGUAGUUACCAUGCAGGGGAUGAUGAGGAGGACCUUGAUGAUUAUGAAGACCUUGAAGACUUUGAAGAAGGUAGGAAGUCUUUACCUCCCGAGAAGCAGGCUCCAGUAGGUUCCCAAUCUGCCUCCCAGUCUUCUUCCCAGUCCUCAUCCCAGUCAGAUCCCAGACAAUCCCAGACUCACCAGGCAGCACAGCAUAAACCACCACCUCUACCUCCACCCCAUCAACCUCCUCCUGUUCACCAAGCCCAUGUCCCUCCAUCACAACAACAACCUCAUCAUGAACCUAGUACACAAGCCCCCAAAGCCCAAAGCCCAGACCAGAUAACCAAGGAAGUCCCUCCGGCAAGCCAGGUUUCACCAGACAAUGUACAAGGAAGCCCACAUUCUUCCUUAGAAAGCUCUCACUCAUCCCAAACAGCAGAUCGUGCCUCUCAGUCUUCUCAAAGUUCUCAUGCUUCUCCUGCCAAUCCUGAAUCUUCUGGGGGGUUUGAGCCCUCCUCCCACUCCCAACAUCCGGACAUCCCUCCACAUCAGCAGCUCCCCCAGAGUUCUCAGCUCCCAGAUGGAGGGCAAGGACAGGAAGAUGCUCAGCUUCGACAGGAAGAUGGGGCUGGAGUUUCCUCUACACAGGCAUUGAGAGCAGAUGGCAACAUUGAGGAUCAUGUUUCCAGGACUACCAACAUAGAUAGUGACAAACCUGACAAAGAAGAACAAUGGCCCUAUGUUCUUGAAAUGAAGAGGCAACAGUAUAUCGUCAUUGAGACUCAGGGGCAGGGUGAGAGACGAAAUGAAGUUGAAUCAAAGGAGCAAGAUGAAGGUCCUCAAGAAACCCUGGAAGAAGUUGAACAACAGACCCUUGAAGAAGAUGAACUUCAGAUUCUAGAGGAAGAUGAACUUGAGACGCUAGAAGAAGAUGAAAACCAGGCAGAUAUGGAAGAAUUGCAUGAUCAGCAGAAAGUAAAUCUUAUCGAAUCUGAAGAAGAAGAUGAAGUCAAGGACACUGGCUAUAUUCCAAUAAGGCAGCGGCAGUGGUUUUCUGACACCCUACCACCCAAGUCCUCGAGGACAGCCAAGGACAAUUCACAGAAGGUGAAGGUUGAGCAUCGACUAGAAAAAACAGCCAAGCCACUCACAGUCGAAAAACUACCCAGGCCUUAUGACAGGAAAAGCAUGGACAUGACCACAGUGAAGCGCAUCUACACUACCACAGAGACAACUUCAAAGAAGACUCAACUGCUGUUCAAACCUGAUGAGUUUGGAUUUGUUAAGAUGACAACAUACAUUCAGAAGAUCCUGUCAGAUGGAACAGUCCACACUGAGUUCUGGACUGAGGUCGUGGAACACAUCCCAGAGCUUGUUACACACAAGGAUCAGUUAAUCGCAGAAAUGGCUCGGCUGAAAGAUGAGGAAGAUGAGGAUCUGCCUGAAGAAGAGCCUUUAGUGGAAAUUGAACUUACACCAGAAGAGAAAGAAGCUGAAGAAAUGUACCAGCAAGGUCAAGCUUUGAUCAAUGGCACAUUCUCAAAGGACUACACACGAGCAUACAUCCAUUUCCUGAAAGCUGCCCAGAAGAACCACACAAAGUCAUUGGAGCAGGUCGCUUUUGGCCAUCUGUUCGGGGACUACCUGCCUCACAAUCUGUCCCGAGCCAAGGAGAUAUUCGAAGACCUGUCUCAGAGGGGGUCCCCUACAGGCCAGUUGGGUCUUGGCUUCCUGUACAGUGCGGGGCUUGGUGUCAAUUCAACUCAAGCGAGGUCUCUGAUCUACUUCACUUUCGGAGCUCUGGGCGGGGACCCAAUGGCGCAGAUGGCAAUGGGUUACCGCUACUGGGCAGGAGUUGGAGUGGAGGCCAAGUGUGAGUCCGCCCUCACCCACUACAAGAAGGUGGCCAGCACAGUGGCAGACAGUGUGUCUCUGUCAGGUGGCCCCACCGUGCAGCGUGUCCGUCUCCAGGAGGAGAGUGAGAGUCAGACAGGCAACAGCCCCCUGCUGGAUGAUGACCUCUUGCAGUACUACCACUUCCUGGCCGACAAGGGUGAUGUCCAGGCACAGGUUGUGCUAGGACAGCUGUACUACCAGGGAGGUCGAGGAGUGGCCAUCAACCAUGAGCAGGCUCUGCAGUACUUCCUGAUGGCAGCCGAGUCGGGGAAUGCCAACGCUCUAGCCUACCUGGGCAAGAUGUACACAGAGGGGAGCCCGGUGGUGAAGCAGAACAACAUGACAGCCUUCCACUACUUCAAGAACGCUGCAGACAAGGGCAACCCCGUGGGACAGACUGGCCUUGGCUUGAUGUAUAUGAACGGCAUGGGGGUGGAGAAGGACUUGACGAAGGCAGUGAGAUUCUUCACCAUGGCAGCAGACCAGGGCUGGGUGGAUGGACAACUGCAGCUGGGAAUCAUGCACUUCAGUGGUCUGGGUGUGAGACGAGACUACAAGCUGGCGGUGAAGUAUUUUAACCUAGCGUCACAAGGUGGCCAUGUCCUGGCGUACUACAACCUGGCACAGAUGCAUGCUACAGGGACGGGUGUGCUGCGCAACUGCCACACCGCUGUCGAGCUUUUCAAGAACGUUGCUGAGCGAGGCCGAUGGUCGGAGAUGCUGAUGGAUGCUCAUCGCCUGUACAAAGAAGGACAAGUAGAUGCCUCUCUCAUCAAGUACACCUUCCUGGCAGAGCUUGGGUAUGAAGUAGCACAGUCCAACGUCGCCUACAUUCUCGAUAAUGGUGAGAGUAAACUGUUUGAGGAUUUUGAAGUACACCAGAGGGCGCUGUUACAGUACACACGGGCUGCAUCUCAAGGUUCUACAUGGGCCAGAGUGAGGAUGGGGGACUACCACUACUAUGGGUUCGGGACAGACAUCGACUAUGAGUCGGCAGCCAACCACUACCGCGUGGCCUCCGAGCAGCAGCACAGUGCGCAGGCCAUGUUCAACCUGGGCUACAUGCACGAGAGAGGCCUUGGACUCCGACAGGAUGUUCAUCUGGCAAAACGCUUCUAUGACCUGGCAGCAGAGACGAGCAUGGACGCCCAGGUACCAGUAACCCUGGCACUUGUCAAACUUGGACUCUUCUACGGCUUUGAUGUCUUCAACAAAGAGAUUGAGUAUUACCAAGGUAUAUUCGCCCGCCUGGACCCGCGGUUGUACCUGGGGCCUGAUUGGGAUCUCUACAUCAUCACGCUUCUGUCUCUGGUUCUUGGACUUCUUAUUUUACUACGGCGCGCCAGGUAACACAGCGAAGGGGCAACUCGUUGACACGGAUAUCUGUAAAUUUACAUUUUUGUACAUUGUAAAUAAAUGUAAAUACUGCCAUAGUAAUUAAUUAAAGAUUUUAUUGUUUUACAAGAUUUGCUCUGUCAAGCGAGAUUAUUUUAUUUAUUCCUGAUCACACAUCUUGCUUUUUUAGUUCUUAAGUAUUACCUUAUAUAAUUAUGCAGAAAAAACACAAUUUUUUUUUUUUUUUUUCCUGGAUAUUUAAUGCAUUAACUAUUGUUAACUAUUGUCAAUGAACGGAACAUUUAUGCUGUAAUGCAUCAAUCCUUUGAUAAUCCGGGGUGUAGGGGAGAGGGAACUGGGUGGCCAAGAUUUUGUAUUGAAAUUAGAUAUUUUUUCAGCUACAGCUACAAAGCCCGAUAUUUUUUUAUGUUGAAACAAUGUCAUUUUCUAAAGGCAUUUCUUUUUUCAACAGUCUGAAGAAUAAUUAUUUUUUUGAGGAAUUUUGGGGGCACAAUUUAUUUUGUUUGAUAAAAUCACAGCCCCCACCUCCCCACACACAGACAAAAUAUCAAAUGGUCUGUCCCUAAGUAACUGUGAGAAAUAAAUUAAAGUAUGACAUUCCUAGUAAUUAAAAGAGAAAAGCGCAGAUCGCUUUAUUGUUUAUGUAUUUGGCAGCUGAUCAUGCUGGUAACUUCUCGUGUUGGGUUCGUACUCAGUCUUGAUUGUGGUGAUGAGUUGUAGAUUGGGAAUACUGUAAAUCUUGAAAUUAACGCGAGCGUGAAUUAAAUGCGAAAAAUGCGAGUGGUCUUUGCUCGCAUUAUUAAACAACGCAUUUAUAUCAACAAUAAGAUAUUUUGGACAGCAGAAAUACCAACUCAGACAUAUGCUGAAAACAAACAACUAUGUAUUCCACAUCACACCUGCAAGUCCAGACAGACGCCACCAACGCAACACGGUGUCUUUGUUCUUUGCGACUGCGUCAAAGGCCGACACGAGCCAGCGUGCAUGUAUUGUUUUAGCGGAAGUAUUCUAAUCAGUGCUAAUGAGCGGUGCUAUUUGGUGUGUGAUUGGAUUAAUGUAAGGUUGGAUGAGGAUGAGGAUUCUCCUGUAAACCUGACAGAGGACAUUUUCUUUAGAUAUAAAUCCACUGAUGCUUGAGAGGAGGGGGCUGUCGCAUUCAUAUUGAGUUGCAUUAUUGACUAGGGGCCAGCAGUCGCAUUCUUUUAGAGACGCAUUAAUUUCACGAUUUACAGUGUUCAAUCGCAGCAGUUGUCGACCUAGUGUGAAGUAAAGUCCUCUGAUCAUCCCUUGCCUUUCCUUUUGAUGGGAUUAUAUUUAUUUUAUUUAAUUAUUGCAGUUUGUAUUGUAUGUUUCCUUUAUCUGGGUGUACAAACUAGAACACAUGUUGAGGAAUAAGAUUGAUAUGUGAUGAUAAAUAUUGAUUUAAUGGCGUUUUGUCAUUAUGAUACGAAAAUGAUGAAGUUGAGUGAACAUAGUGUAAUUGGGAUGGAAAAAACGCUGUUAUUUGCACUGGUAUUUGGACAGGUGUCCUUUCUGUGUAUGUGUUCAUCCUGUUAAAAGUUUUUUAUUUUUUUUUUGCCUUUAAGCUGAAAAGCAUGUUUCCAUGAAGGUGUACUGUGUAAUUGAUCCUGUGUAUUGUCACACAAUUGUAUGUGUAUAUGUUGAAUGAAUUGUAGACAUGAGUUGUUAAGGAUAGCUGAAUGUUUCAUGGUUUUCAGAAUUCAUUUAUCGUCAACACUACUUAGGUUUUGUGUACACUACACUCAUCCCCAAUACAUACGUCCAAUUACCGGUGUAGUGUCUAAUAAGGGAGAACCCUCCACCAACCCACAAACCCUGAAAAUCAAAUGGUUUCUCCCUAACCAACUAAUCAAGACACGACUUUGUUCAAGUGAGUGGGAGGGCGGUCGGGUAGCCUUGAUGUUAAAGCGUUUGCUCGUCAGGCUGAAGACCCUGGUUUGAUUCCUGACUUGGGUACAAUAUGUGAAGCCCAUUUGCUGUGUCCCCUGCCUUGAUAUUCCUGGAAUAUUGCUAAAAGUGGCAUAAAACCAUACUCACUCAGUGCAUAGCCAAACGUGAGAUUGGCAUCAUAGCCUUUCAGUCAUCUUCAGUAGCAUGCUCAUUCACUCAAAUGAGUCGGAAACAACCGAGUUGCAUAGCCCAACGUGAGAUUGGCAUCGUAGCCUUUCAGUCAUCUUCAAUAGCAUGCUCAUUCACUCAAAUGAGUCGGAAACAACCGAGUUGCAUAGCCCAACGUGAGAUUGGCAUCAUAGCCUUUCAGUCAUCUUCAAUAGCAUGCUCAUUCACUCAAAUGAGUCGGAAACAACCGGGUUGCAUAGCCCAACGUGAGAUCGGUAUCGUAGCCUUUGUCAUCUUCAAUAGUAUGCUCAUUCACUCAAAUGAGUCGGAAACAACCGGGUUGCAUAGCCCAACGUGAGAUUGGCAUCGUAGCCUUUCAGUCGUCUUCAAUAGCAUGCAAUGGUAGGAUUCCGAAAAAGCAUGCAUUAUAAACGGCCUCAUUCCAUUAUGUGACUAAAAGUAGACCCUUCACUAUUACACCGCAGAGUGGCCGUAUGUAUUCACAGGUGAAGGAAGAACAUAGUUUACUUGUAUACAAGCCCAUGCGGUAUUGACAUACAGAGAUGUAACUUUUUGCCUUGCUUGCUUUUGUUUCACUCUUCAUCAUUUUCACCUAUUGUAACUACGACUUGAUCGUUUAAUCAGUUUCAAGUCUGUCAUAAUGGAGUUUUGUCUGUGAGGAUGUAUGGAUUAACAUGGAAAACUUACAGAUGUACCCUCACUGUAUGGAAGUUGUGUGUGUGUAUGAUAUAAAAAUGAAACAGAAUGUUUAUUUGGAA